AUGCGUCCUAUGCCUAUAAUCCGAAGUAGGACGGGCUGCUUUACCUGUAGGAAGCGCAAAAAGAAGUGUGACGAGAGUAAACCUAUCUGCAGCGGUUGCAAACGCAAUAAACUCGAGUGUGUCUGGCCUGAGUCUUCAUCUGUCCCUGCGCCUGGAAGUAACUCACCGUCCACGUCACGGCCCUCCCGGCCUUCGUUCGGUGCUGCCUCGACGAGUUCCCAGCAGAGUGUGUCUUCGCUGCGUCGCCCCGGUAGUCAAGACCCUGACUCGGUGAAUGACCCGGUGAAUGACCCGGUGCUACAGGACCCAGCCCCGGAGGAAGACCGAGCUGUUGCUGAGCCCCCCGGCGCACCCCAGAAUGGCGACAGUUCUCCCGUGUCUGGGGAUACCCACAUGAUCGAUGCCGAUGGUGAUGGUGAUGAGGACGCUGAUGUCGAGGCUGUUGUGAAUGAUAUUGUUGAUCAACCUUCUCCUUCACUGUCGUCCACCUCAUCAGACUCAUCAACCGUCGUGCCGGCAUAUGAAAUCGACACCGCCAAUGCCCUCACUCUCGCACUAUCACCCUCCUCAGAUGGAGGACUUCCACUCAAUGGAGCCAUCACCAUGCCAAUGUCCAUGCUACCCGAGCAAGGACAUCAGUCAUAUGAGCUUCUUAGUUACUACUUGUCCCGGACAGCCAACAGCAUGGGCAACGGCUCCACGGACGUGAAUCCAUUCAUCGCCAAGCUCAUCCCAUUGGCCUUUUCAAAACCUCUUGUCCUACAACUCAUUCUCGCACAAAGCGCUGCACAUCGCCAAGCGUCUGCGGAGCGACAUCCUAGCGAUGAGAUUGCCCAGAGGUACUAUACCGACUCCUUGCGUAUGUUUAGGAACGUCGUCGAUGAAUACGUUUCUGGAAACGCCGAGAAUACUCUCGUCUUGACCGUCGGGAGCCUUAUCAUGUGCUUAACUGAGGUUGCCAAAGGAGACAUCCAUGGUACCAUAUUCGACCAUUUAUCAGCGUCCAAGUCAUUAGUGAGCACGUUGCUCACUGGGUCACAAAGUCUAUUAUACGACGACUUGCCUGACUUUCUCAUCGAGUAUUACAUGCAUAUAGCAGCUACAAGCAUGAUCUCGAUCGAUCCCCAGUACAAUUCCCAGUCGCUACUCAGUCCAGACAUAGAAGUCCGGGCUAGGGACUUGGUAGCAAGGAAAUACGUCGGCCAACUGUGUGGGUGCUGGCUUGAGAUUCUCGUCCUUAUAUGCCAGAUCUUCCACCUCGGCCAGACCAUGUCGUCACCAACUGUCGACGGAGUAAUUUCACCGAGUCCCGACAACAUUGUCAACUUUGCCUUUCUCCAAUCCCAAGUAAUGGGCUUCUUCCCCGACCCUUCUGUCAGCCCCUACACCCGUCUGGCUGGCCUGGUCUGGAAGCAAGCCGCCUUGUUAUACCUGUGGACAGUCCUCGGCAAACCCCACCAACAACUCGACGGCAGCUUCCAACGAGCACUAGUAGAGUCCGCCGUAGCCGAAGCCAUCACAUUACUCGACCAAUUCCCAGCAACUGUGAGAAUAAACACCAGUCUCUGCUGGCCACUCGCCGUCAUCGGGUGCAGCACCUCGGACCCUACAGUGCAGCAGGUUUUGAGAACGCGGCUGCAGACCAUGCUGGAUACCAUUGGGUUGGGAAAUAUGAGGCAGACCUUAGUGCUGCUGGAACAUAUCUGGGAACAGCCGCCGGAGCAGGUCAGCCCGUGGAUGCUGUGUAGGGCGAUGCGUGAGCGUCAGAUUUGGAUCUCUUUUGCGUGA